CUCCAGUGUUCUUGCCUGGAGAAUCCCAGGGGCGGCGGAGCCUGGUGGGCUGCCGUCUAUGGGGUCGCAUAGAGUCGGACGCGACUGAAGUGACUCAGCAGCAGCAGCAUUAAUGAAGUGGACCUUCUCAGUCUUCCAUAUGAAAAUCCGUAUUUUCCUGGUGAGAAGUAUGGUUUGCCAGAGACAGAGUGGCUUGUAACGAGAGAGCUUAUCUACCUUAAAGUCGUCAUAACUUCCUGGCUUGAGAUGCUCUCCAUAACCUCACUGCCGCCUCGGCUCAUUGAAGAGCAGAUGGGUUCACUGAGGACAGCGCGUCAUCCAGACCCAGGCGCCAUGCUCUCCUCUCUUUCCAAGUCCACUUUGUGAACACUGAGACCCGUCACAGUAGUUUAAACAGCUAAGAGCAGAGUCAAAGAGACCUCAGAGAGCGCAUGGACCAAGGCAGUACUUUGGGGCACUAAAUUACUGUAGCAAAUGAUCAAGCAAAUUCUUGCUAUCUCCCCCUCAAGCUGAGGCUGACAACCUAAACACGGUUAGGUUUCACAUGACCCUGAGACUCUGGGAGUCAAAACAUGAGAAGAAACAAGAUCCUGCAUAUCACAUGUGAGGCUGCAGAGACAAGGCCAAGCCAGCUGGGUCAGCUCGGCAGUGUUCAAAGAGAAGCAUCAGUUAAUGUCUCUCUACAGAUGCGGGGAGGCAUGGAUCUCUCUGUUCUGCCAAAUAACAACCAUCCUGACAAGUUCCUGCAGCUUGAUGUGAAGUCUUUAAUGAGGAACUCAGCCCUUCUUCAGGCCAGCCUGGUGAGGUUUCCGGGAGGGAAUUACCCUGCUGCACAGCACUGGCAAAACCUCGUCUACUCACAGAGAGAAAAGAAGAAUAUCACUGUUCAACGCCUGAGGGGAUCCAGUGCGAAGGGCACCAUCACUGUAGAGAGGCCCCCACCAUCCUUAUCAUCAGUUCUGAAGAAUAACCCACUAUAUGGUGAUGUAAGUUUUGAGGAAGCUAUGGAAGAAAGAAAAAAGAAUCCUUCAUGGACCGUUGAGGAAUAUGACAAGCGUUCCCUGCAUACCAACCUCUCUGGGCAUCUGAAGGAAAAUCCUAACGACCUACGGUUUUGGUUGGGGGAAAUGUACACACCCGGUUUUGAUACCUUACUGAAGAAGGAAGAAGAACAAGAGAAGCAUUCCAAAUAUCGUCGGAUAGGUCUGAUUCUGUUCCUCGUUGCCUGCAUCUUGGUUUCCAUAGUGACUGUUAGCACUUUUUUCAUCUAAAGAAACUACCCCCAGACACAGUCACUUCAAAUUUCUUUAAAAUCUUUCUAAAUAAACAG